AUGAAUAUUAGUACGACUCCUCCACAAAUGUUAGGAUUUGGUAUUUAUUUUGCUCGUUCAGUCGCAAAUACUGAAGGAAAAGCAAGAGAAGCUGGUGCAUACAUUUGUGCAGAAGUUCGUAUGGGAAAGGUUCUGAUGCUCACCAAGUCUGAAUUGCAUACAGUCAGCAAUAAAAAUUCGUGGUGGUUGGAGUAUGAUACCGUCUAUUACAAACAUGAUCAAGAAGCAAGAGAUGAAUUUUGUGUCAAAAGUCCAGAUCAAGUUCUCAAAUGGAUUAUAUAUAUUGGACCAGGCGAGGACCAAAAAUUGGCACUGUACGGAAUGGACGUGGAGUUUAACGAUACAAAAUGUUAUUGUAUCUGA